ACACCUUCCUUUUAUCGUUAUCAUUAAGGUUACCUAUCGCGAAAUGACCUCACCUCACAAUCUAUAUCUAUCUCUACUCACAACUCAACUUACUUUCAACAUAUUAACAUCCCCCUUUCCUUCCAAACCUCUCACAACAAAACACAAAACACACGCACAAAAAUGGCCUUUCCCCAACCAAAAUUACUCCGCGGCAACGACCCAUCCGACAUAUCCUUCGCCAGCGAAACCUACUCCCUCACCAGCGAACAAAUCCACACCCUCCAAUCGCGCAGCGCAUCCGCCAAAUCCACCGCCUACUGCCCGUAUUCGAAUUUCCGCGUCGGGUCUACGAUUCUCACCCAUGAGGGAAAAUACAUCGAUGGCGCGAAUGUAGAAAAUGCUGCGUAUCCGGUGGGAACAUGUGCGGAGAGAGUUGCGUUUGGGAAGGCGAUUACGGAGGGGCAGAGAGGGUUUCGGGCGAUUGGCGUGGCGACGGAUAUUAGUCCGCCGGCGAGUCCGUGUGGGAUGUGUAGACAGUUUAUCCGUGAAUUCUGCGAGCUGGAUAUGCCAAUUUUUAUGUUUGACAAGAAUGGGGAUUUUAUGGUUGCGAGGUUAGGAGAGCUCCUACCAUUGUCUUUUGGACCAGAAGCACUACCACCGAGGGAAAAGCUGGCUGAGAUUGAGAGGUGAUGUGGGAAAAUUUUGACGAAGAGUAGGAAGGUUGAGACGUGAUAAGAUUGGGAGGUGCGUGCAGUAAAUGCAAGUACUAGUUGUACAUAUACCGUGAUUAUCAUUUUGGCUAUGAAAUAUGGUGACAUAUUAUAGGCAAGUGAAGCAGAGGGCUUGGAAAAGGAUCGGCUGGUCAGGUUGCAUUAUGAUAUUUUGGUAUUUGCGAGUAUUCAUUGACAAAUUACUUCACCACCCCAAUUGUUU